CUCUUUUUUUUUCUCUCUUAUUAUACCUCCUCCUCCUCCUUCCUUCUUUAUUUUUCCGAUCGAUGACAAAAAUAUUAUUGGAAUUUCUUCCAAUGUAUCGUUAAAAAAACUUGAUCAUGGAAUAGUGUUAAUAUUCCAAAUAAAUGUCAUCGAUCUGGAAAUUAUAGAAGGAAGGAGAGUAAUUAUAAAAUGGAAAUUCAGAGGUUAAAAGAUUUAUUGUUAUUGUGGGCAAAAGUGCAAACAAAUAGACUAGCCCUCGUGGGUGGAAACCACACCGCAGCCAGGUUUUGUACUCGUUAAAAAUUGAUAAUUUUUUAUUAUUCUAGCUCACCAACCCUCUUUUUUUUUUUAAUUAGUAAAAAGUCGACUUUCAUUUGUGUUUCGAGAGUUUUUUCCAAACAAUCUAGUGUAUUUUUGGUAUCAGCUGGUGUCUGGUUAGCUUGCAUGCACCUUUUUGGGAUUCGUGUUACUUUGUGAUAACAAACAUGAAGUACAAAAUGAUGAAUAACAUGUUGCAAGGUUUUUACAACAAGCAACAUAGUAAAAUGAGAGGUUUAUACAUAGAUGGAUUAAUGGAUUAUAAUUGGGAUACAAAGUUGGUGAUUAUAAGAAUAGACCAUUCUUGGGUUUUGAAGUUUAUGGCUCGUGCAACAAUUUUAGCAUUGGUAAUUGUUUCUUUACCUUGGAUUAAUACGAUAAUUGGGUACUUAUCAUCGCGAUACGAGUCUAAUUAUGCUUAUCAAGUUGAUAAUGAGAUGGUUUAUAAUCCAAUUAAGUUGGAAUUUUUGCCUAUGAUUUUUCAAGAUUUGGCUAAUGAAAGACUUAUAAGAAUGGGUGAUAGGUCCCUUCUUGUUAGCAAUGGCAAUGAUGAAGAGAUUCAUAAUUCUCAAGUUGUUAAAGAUUAUAAUCCUGAUUUGAUUUCAUUUUCAGAUUCUACACAACAAAAUAUUGUCCCUAAUGAGACUUUUGAUUUUGUUUUGACCUAUGGUUAUCCUCAAUUAUCAAAUUUUAUUGAAAGAGCUUUGAAAGUUGGUGGUAUUCUAGUUGUACCACUAAAUGACAAUCCUUUGGUUGAUGAAUUUCCACAUCCAUCAAAUUACAAGAUUGUCUAUGUUAGAGAAUUUGAUUCAACUAUUAUAGCCAUGAAGAAAAUAAAGAAUGCCUCUAUCAACUCUUCUACGCGGCGACUUCUUCAAACUAAUUCAGAAAAGAUGUCUAGUUCGAGCUCUGGAAACAGAAAAGUUUUUGAUAAGGAACAUUUGAGUUCUGCUCAGAGUGAAUCUGAAUUAGUCACGUCAGAUGAUUUCACAAGUGCGAAAAAGGAAGCACUAAAGAAACUAGAAGAUGUACUACUUGAACCACCAAGAGCAUCAUCACGAAAAUCGAGUAGAUAUCUAAAAAAGACACAUUUUUUACCUGAUUUAAUGGGAGUUUCCCUAGAGAGUUACCCAAGAAGGGUGUUUAUUGAUGUUGGUUUACAAGAAAAGAAUGAAAAAUCAAGUGAUAAUUAUCAUUCUACUUGGUUUACAAAGCAUUAUCCUACAAAAAACACAAAAUUUGAGAUGUUCAAGAUUGAGACUAUGAAUGAAGAAUCAAGUGGUAAAGAGAUACCAUUGAGUAGUAUUAACAUGUCUGAUUGGUUACAAAAAAAUGUAAAAGAAAAUGAAUAUGUGGUAAUGAAGGCAGAGGCUGAUGUGGUUGAAGAAAUGGUGAAUAAUAAAAGUAUUAAAUUAAUUGAUGAACUUUUUUUGGAAUGUAAACAUCAAGGAAUUAAAAGAAGUGAUAAGAAAAAUAGAAGGGCAUAUUGGGAAUGUUUAUCAUUGUAUGGAUUGUUGAGAGAUGAAGGUAUUGCUGUGCACCAAUGGUGGGGUUGAUGACUACGACGAUAAUAAUAUAUUUAGUAUAAUAAUUUUGAGAAAGUAAGAGAUAUGCAUGUUGUUUCAGAUAAACUCUCGAUUCAGAAGAAAUGGUGGGGUUAACAAAAAAAAAAGAUAGGUGGGUGAGCAUAAUAGAAUAUUGAGGUUUUUUUUGUUUUUGUUUUUUUUAUCGGUUUUAUGUAUGUUCACUUGCUAAUGUUUGUUGAUGUAUGUACUAUUACUUUUGAGCAAAAUAAUAUGAUAAUAAGGAGUAUAUAAAAAGAGAUUGUAUUAAAAAUA